CUCAAUGGACAGCACGUCUAUACCAACUAUAAACUGUCGCUUCUUUUUAAUUCUGAAGCAAAUUCUGUGAAGUCUUCAUUAAAACAACAGAUCCCAGCAAAAUGUUUUCAUCAUUGAUUGACGCAGCCCGUAACUCUCCAUUCAAAGCUCCAGUAGCAAGAUGUGAAGAAUCCAGUGAUAACAAACAAUUGGUCCCAACAAGAAAUAUUCAAGCUGCUGCUGCUAAUCCAGGCGAGGCUUGUGAAUUUGGAUCACUUCAUUAUUUCGCAUUGUGCGGUGUUGGAGGCAUUUUGUCAUGCGGAACUACUCAUACAUUCGUUGUCCCAUUGGAUUUAGUCAAGUGCCGUCUUCAAGUCAACUCGGCUAAAUACAAGAACUUGUUCAAUGGAUUCAGAGUAACCGUCGCUGAAGAAGGCGCUCGUGGAUUAGCAAAGGGAUGGGCACCAACAGCUUUUGGAUAUUCAGCUCAAGGGCUCUUCAAGUUUGGUUUAUAUGAAGUCUUCAAAGUUUAUUAUGCUGAAAUUUUGGGAGAAGAGAAUGCCUAUUUGUGGCGUACAGGAUUGUACUUGGCAGCAUCUGCAUCAGCUGAAUUCUUUGCUGACAUUGCAUUGGCUCCAUUUGAGGCUGCAAAGGUCAAGAUUCAAACAUCAGAAAACUUUGCCAGUACAUUGCGUGCAGCUAUGCCAAGAAUGUAUGCCGAUGAAGGAAUUUCAGCAUUCUAUAAAGGUUUAGUUCCAUUAUGGAUGCGUCAAAUUCCAUACACUAUGAUGAAGUUUGCAUGCUUCGAAAAGACUGUCGAAGUUCUCUACAAAUAUGUCGUUCCAAAACCACGUGCAGACUGCAGCAAAGGAGAACAACUUAUCGUUACAUUCGCUGCUGGUUAUAUUGCUGGUGUCUUCUGUGCUAUUGUCUCACAUCCUGCUGAUGUCGUCGUCUCAAAAUUAAAUCAAGCCAAGGGAUCAUCAGCCAUUGAUGUUGCAAAGAAACUCGGAUUCGGUGGAAUGUGGCAAGGAUUAGGACCUCGUAUUGUUAUGAUUGGUACACUCACUGCCCUCCAAUGGUUCAUCUAUGACGGUGUUAAAGUAGCUUUGCAAAUCCCACGACCACCACCUAUGGAAAUGCCAGCAUCACUUAAAGCCAAGCUUGGAGUUGAAUAAGCUGCAUAAACAAAAACAACAACAACAACUGAUAUAUAAACUUAAAUAAGCUCUUAUAGAAGUAGACUCGUCGCAAAAAAAAUUAAAUUUAAUAACUUUAUUUCUUCUUCUUCUGUCAUUCCAACAAUUGUGUUUUGUUUAGUAUUCUUUUAUUCUCUAUAUCCCACAUUGGUUGGAAAGGAAACACAGGUAAACAUGAACGUUCCGAGCAUUUUCUAUUUUUGAAAAAUGGAUGAAAUUGUAACAUUCUUUAACUUAAUUUAAAUUUUCUUUCUUCGAAGACGAUUUUAUUUUUUCUAUUGCUUCGCUCGAUUUUAGUUUAAUUUCUAAUAAUUAAUUAUCGAAUUGUAACGUGACAUGAGUAUGUUAAUUAUAAAUAAAUAGCAAAAAAAAAAACCGUUGAAAGAAACACAACAAUUAAUAAAGAUCG